AGAUGGCGUCUGUCACGUACAUCUGAUCGGGAGGUGUGCGAGUACCCCUCUCAUUCGUACACAACCCAAUGGUGACGGUAACGGGAUUUUUUUUAGUUGUUAAUUCAUAAGUCAUUAUUCCCCAAAACUUAAUGUCAACGUAAUCGUUCGAACAAGUUGUCGAGAGGUUUCAGUGACUCAUGAGGAAUGUUUCCCGCGGGCUCGAUGAACUUGGAUAUCGUCGCGGCCGCCGGCGGCGCGCACUAGAUCAUCACAAUGUUCAGCAAGAAACUUCAUGUAGACGUCAAGAAGUCGACGCUAAAGAUACAAGAUGUGAAGAAGGACAGUGCAACGAGGUUCAAGCAUUUGAAGAUUGUUCUGGAGAAUGUGGACACCGACGAGGCCAAGGGCUUCUUCGAGGGGAACUUCAGUCAUGUUUACUUCAUCCUAUAUGACUGCUUCGUCACGGCUGAGGCGAACCUUCGACAGAGAGAGCUAUCCUUCCAUCUUGUGCACAAAGCUCACCGUGAGGAGCUCGAGCAGGUUCUCCAGCUGCUGGAGAAAGUGUUGACGCUCCUCCCAGAGCUGUUGAAUCGUCGCUGGCAGUGUCACAGCCUCGCCCGAAUCCUCCACAAACUCUUGCACCCAGGUAACAGCUGGAAGCUACGCCGCCAGGCGCUUCGUUACUUCAUUCUCUGGUACCAGUCUUUGGGUGACAAUGCUCCGGACCACAUCCACCAGAUGUUUGCGUCCCUCGUCCCAGGCUUUCCCCCGCCCCCACCCACCAUUCGUCCAGACCGUCGAUCAAAGCCAAGCCAGUCGAGCCCUCCAAAUCCCCCGAAUCCUGAGGAGAAGGAGAAACGAGAGUUCUUCGACACCCAGCACGUCACCUCGAUCUUCCACUGCAACAGCUCCCAACAGGGUCCAGUGACUCAGCCAAAUGGCACCCCAUUGCUACCAGUGCAGAGCGGCGAAAAGCCCCUCGACAAUGAGACCCUUCGUUUCUUCGAAGCACUUCUGGAGUUCAUGGUGACUCAAGUGGUCAAGGUCGAGUGGAGGGACAAGCACACACGUCAGCACAAGUGCUUCCAGUUCCUCCUGGAGCGUUUCAAAGCCACAUAUCUGCGAUACAUUUGUCCAGAAUUCGAUGACAAUUUUUCCCUGUACAAACCCAACUUAGAGCUACCAACGAUGAGACCACAGUCACCAAAUUCCCAAAGUAACUACACCCUCUGCAAAGUGGCGAUGAUAAAGUGGCUGGCGAGUUUCACCCACGUCACCAAAAAAGACGGACCCUUUGUCAACUCCCAGAUGACACCCAGUGAUGAGCACGACAAUGAAGUAAAAAGAGUAUCUAUCAAUCAGAGUGUCGACUCUAACUCGUUGUCCCCUGAUGUACCACAUCAGGAUGUUCAGGCUGACGAUGGGCAAGCUGCUGUUCUGCUAGUGAGAGAGGUACUCUAUGGCAGCCGGGAUAAUGUGAAUUUUGUUCAUGAGAUUUACAGACAGGCUUUCCUCCUCGACUUCACUCAUGCUGGGGCCAUUCGAAAGGCCAUUGCUGUUUACAAGGAUUGGGUGCAAAUGAAUGAGAUUCCGCCGUUUAUGUUGGAGCCACUGGAGAGCCACAAAGAGAAGGAUGGGGAGGAGGUGGUCAGGAGAGAGGGUGAGAGUGAUAAGAGCCCCUCCGACAGCUGGAGGCAGACGAGACUCAGGAAUGAUUCGUAUCUCGGGGCUAUUCACAGGGAGAACUUGUUCGUCAGGGCUGGACUGCAGAAUGUUCUACAAGUCUUCAUCACACAGGCUUCGAAUGUCUUUUUCCUGGAAAACUCGGGUGGGCUUGUCAGUGCUACACUGCUUGAAGAACAGAUCGACAGUUGCAAGAGGGUGCUCAAUGUUUAUAGGUACGUGGUGAUGCACGCCAGAUUAGAACCCAACACGUGGGAUCAACUGCUGAGAGUCCUCCUCCAGAUAACGUCAUUAGUCCUGGGGGACAAUUCCUCCAGGAGAAAAAGCCACGAGAGUAUCGGGGGAAAGCUAGCACCCGCAAUCUUUCAGACACUGAUUGUCACCUGGAUUAAGGCGAAUCUCAAUGUCGUUAUCUUGACGCAACUGUGGGAUGAGUUUCUGGAGGUGCUAACGAGUCUCACUCAGUGGGAGGAACUCAUCAGAGAGUGGGCGAAGACUCUGGAUACGUUGACGAGGGUUUUGGCGAGGCAUGUUUAUAACCUAGACCUGAAUGAUCUGCCCUUGGACAGGUUGAGCGAGCAGAAGAGCAAGAAGAGACGGGGCGUAGGCUGCAGAACUGCUUCUGCCAGCAAUGUUCAGAGCCCCAGGAGGGGGAGCAUCGACAGGGAGACCAGUAAUAUCAGCAAGGAGAAUGUUCCAGACCACCCAUCUCGAGAAUUUCGAAAACACCGACCCCUACCGCGCAGUGUAAGUGAUAACAACAUCUACAGCAUGAAGAGUCGUACAAAACUGCAGAAAAAUCGAGCACAAGUUACUCACUUCGAAAUCCCUGUCGCAAAUAAUUCUCUCAUACCGAGUGAACUCUCGGUUUCAUUCAUAUUCACCUACUCAGCCCAAUCCAUUUCAUCGCGUGCAGCACUUCCCCUCUCCAUUGAACGAGACAUGGCUAAACUGGUGAACCACAAUGCGACGAAUGCAACACCAACAGCUGCUGGAAGGAGGAAACAUUUGGCUGGGAGACGCGCCAAAUCAUUGGACAGUGUUGUUGUUCCUGACAGUGAACCUGCCACCCCUAGGUGUCCAUCACCGACACCCAGCAGUGGUGUAGACUCCAACAAAGACAGUCCCAUACAGAUUGAGAAUAUUGAUGGCAGCAGCAUUGACACGAGUGACGCAUCGGAAAGAAGAUCAGUGAUGGCAGGUGGUAACGUUCGAGGCUGGCUGCCAGACGUGGCAGUGGUCCUUUGGAGGCGAAUGCUUUCAGCCCUGGGUGACGUCAACAACAUCCAGGAUCCAGUACUGCAUGGUCAAGUAAUGGAAUACCUGGUCCAAUUAACCCAUACCCUGAUAAAAAUUCGACUGAAUCAGGGUGUAUCCGGUGACAAUCAGGUAACCCCUCCAGCUCCAGAGCUGAUUCCCCCCCUGACCGUGAUAGCGCCUUGGUGUUUCAAGGCCAUUCAACUGCCACCUCGCUAUGAGGUGGGAAAACUAGCGGCCUAUCGUCUCAUAUGCCUCCUCACUAUUCAACCACUGGACAUAAGUCUACCAAAGGCCCAUCUAACGCUGUUCUAUCGAGCUGUUCACAGUGGAAUCACCAGCAACGAUACCAAAGUCAUUCACGCUUUGAUCAAGUACACUGGACCCAGAUUUUUCAGUCUCAAGCUGCCAGGGUCUAGCUUACUCAUUCUCGAUUAUAUUCAUGCAGCAAAUAGCAUCCUGGGGAGUCAGGAUGUCGAGGCACCUAGAACAGAGGCUGUCUCCAUUCUGGGAUCUCUCCUAUCUCUCCCUAUAUCAGCUGGAAAUUUUCCUGUCUUUCAACCGAAUGCCUGUGAGAUUGAGACCAUCAUGUGCCCUGAUGCCAAGGAAUUGAUAUUGAAUAUUCUGAUGAGAAGCUGCAGGAGGGAACCCACUGGGGUUGCCAGGUGUAUCGCGUUGUCCAGUGUUGCUAUGUUUGCUUAUGGAGAGUUGUGCCAUAAGAGCCAGCAUCCUAAGGUUCCCGAGGCCGUCACUGUUCUUCUUCAGGCUUUGAGGAGGGCACACAGGGCUGGCAGGCGAAGGGACCGGUUCCAUGCACUAUUCCCGUAUAAGGCAACACAUCCUUCGGUGGCUCAGGUCGCCUGUGAUUCUCUCAUCCUCCUGUGUGAUAAGGCGAAUGUCUUGCUGGAAAUAUAUCCAAGAGUUUCCUAUAAAAUCAUUCAGAUUCUCUCGGAAACUCUGGACACAAUGACAGUUCGUGAGCGUCGAAGUGCCCUGACAACAUCAAUGCUCUUCUGUCUGGGUGAAUGGGCAAUGCAUUUGGGCCCUAAGGUCCUCUCCACAACAUUCCAAGGUAAACCUCUUCUCCUCACCAUCUUCACAGUCCUCGACAACAUAAUGCACAACAAAUCCGACAAAACGAUCCACGAUCUUUCCCGUCACUCUCGUCAUCAGAACGACGAGCAAGACGAUUUCGAUCAGGACAUAAGUAUCGAUGACCUUGGAAAAGACAUCACAAGUGCAUCCCGCCACAACAACAACCAGUCAGUGCAACAGGCAGCAAAAAUGGUGACUAUGCACUUGGUGAAUCACCUGGGUCACUUUCCCAUGGGCAUGGGAGCAGCCAGACUCUCAUCAACAGUCGUUGAGCUUGACGAUGUACCUGGAAUCGACGGUGAUGAAUUGUCCUCAGCGAUAUUUCAUGCCCCAAACAUCCAGCUGUUGAUGCUCUCGAACACCAUAAUAAUGUCCCUGGUCGAGCUGCAGGCCCUGGACCCUACAGACUCAUCAGGUCUCGUGACAGCCCCUUCGACAGUCAGAGUUUUAUUGAGAGAUCUCGCAGGAAAAGCAGCCUGGGAUUGCUCCAUACUCUACCGUCAGCAGGAGGAGAUGAACUCGAGUUGCUGGACUGAUAUCAGAGAGCCAUCGAAGGCCCUGGAGCAUCUCCAAGAGGACAACGACUCCCUCAGCACCACCCAGCCCCCUAGACACCUGACAAGACACAGAGAUCCAACAAUUCUACCCACAUUUGCCAAUGCUGCCAGCGACAUGGACAAUCUUGACGAUCUUCUCAACUACAUCGGUCACACGUCUCCAGAGGUACUCACCAAUCCCGAGGUACCUCUCAACGCUCCAGCAAAUUCACCACCGGUCAAUUGCAUGGAGCAUGAGACAAUAACAGCGAUCAUAAACCAACGGAACAUCUGCAGGGAGUACGUCCAGUGCUGUAAUCAACUGGUGGGCAUGAGAGCACCGCCAGCUGUUCCACCACCUUCCAGACCACCUCCAGCACCCUUCCACCACUGCAGACUCUUGUUCUCACACCUGGGGCUGUCUGGUUGGGAGCAGAGGAGGCGUUUGCAUCUGCUGUCGAAGAACGAGAAACUCCUGAGGGAGCUGAGAAAUCUCGAUGGCCAAAGGUCCAGGGAAACACACAAAAUGGCCGUGAUAUACGUGGGACAGGGUCAGGAGGACAAGAAUUCCAUUCUGGGGAAUGUCACUGGGAGUAAAGAGUACGAGAGCUUUGUUGCCAGACUAGCUUGGGAGGUAGAAUUAGAGAAUCAUACUGGAUUCAGGGGGGGCCUUGUUCCGGGAAAGGCCAGUGGGACCACUGCCCCCUAUUUUGCCACCUCUUUCGUGGAAAUUUUGUUUCACGUAGCCACGAGAAUGCCCUCGGACAGUCCUGAGAGUCUUCUUCAGAAGACUCGACAUCUGGGGAAUGACGAGAUUCAUGUUGUCUGGUCGGAGCAUUGGAGGGACUACAGGAGGGACAUCAUUCCUACUGAAUUUUGUGAUGUACUCAUUGCUAUCUAUCCUCUGCCGAAUAAGCUAUACAGGGUGCAAAUCGCCAGGAAAAUGGAGAUACCUUUCUUUGGACCACUAUUCGAUGAGAGCAUCGUUGAGGAUGAUGUACUCCCUGGGCUGGUUAGAGCCACUGCACUCGCUGCCAGCAGAGCCAAGAGGUCAACGCUGUCAUUGUAUCAACAUUAUUACGAAGAGAGAAAUCGCUCGAUUGAUAUAGUUAUGAGAAAUCACAAGGAAUCAACAACAUUCGAAGAGUUCGCUGCCAAUGUUUAUGCACCUGUCCAGCCGAUAAGUCCAUUCAGUGGAGGAUCAUCUGUCACUGGGUCGAUUGCAAGUGUUCAAUCAACAGCAUCGUCGAAUCUGGCUGCUGCCCUCCUGGACUCACAUCACGGUCGUCCCAGUCUGCGAAAUAAUUCAUCAUCGAGUGGUGUAGAUAAUCGCACGAACAGAGCUUCUGACGGUAGCAGAGUUUGGUUCAGCGCUGACACUCAGGACAGUCCAGCACUGCACGGUAUAUCGCCUCGACCCCUGAAGAAGAUGUCCUUCAAGACGGGCCCCAAACAUCGGAACAGCAGUACUCAGCAGUCCACACCGCCAGACAGUCCGAGAUACAAAUGAAAUAUUAAUUAUUUUAUUAAUAUCGGCGUUUUCGGUUUUCCGUCCCUUAGAUAUAAUUCAGUUUUACCUUUUUCUAUUACGAUGUACAGAUUUGUUUAUGUCUGUUUAAUUCGAGUAAUUUAUUGUGACACCGAGUGAUUAUCACUUUGAAAGGAUGAUAAGUAAUUAUAAUUCGUGAAAAUGUCAAAUUCGGCGGUGAAAUUCAUUUCGGUGGUGAUAAAAUGUUUGAGUCUGACUGACAUCACUGAACAAUUGUAGGAAAAAUAUCGAGGAGUGUUUUCGUAGUCAAUGAAAUUUUUUACAAAAUAUUUCUCGACCUUUUGUGUCUAUUUGACUUGAAUCAUUUAUCACUGAACUUUGUAGAUUCAGUUGAACCAAAAAUUAAAAGUGAAACAUUCCUUUGUGAGUUUGCUCGAUAGGAAUUGACUUCUAGCAAUGUAAAAUCAUCAUUUUCACGCACUCCAAACAACUAAUUGAAAUCAGUUGAAUUUUUAUCACUUGGAGACUAGACUCUAUGGAUACUUAGGUGUUAAUUGGAUGAUUGAAUUAAUUAGGUGAACAUAAUUGAUUACAUUUCAAGAAAUUUUGAGAUGAAGAGAGAAAACAUGAAAUCUUAAGAAUAAAUCAUGGCCAAAGCAGCAUUAUUUUUUCACUAAUUAGCCGACUAGAUGUUGAUGACGAGUGAGAGAGUUAUGAAGAGAGAAAAUAUAUUGUAUGUAAUGUACAUAAGUCACUGUACGAUAGGUGAGGGCCACACCGGGGCAAGGAGGAACAAAUUUAUGAGGAAUCAAGUAAAAUUCUAUUUUAGUUCGUAAUUGUAAUCGAAUGAAUUUUAAUCGCACGAUGCGCUUCGAACAAAAUUCAAAUAUUAAUUAAACUCAACUAAUUGAACGUAAGUGUGGAUCUUUAAGUAUUAAAAAUAUCAGCCGCACGAUGGAAGUUAUUUAAAGAGAGUAAUGAAGAAAAACAUUCGUAACAUUGUACUUAAUGUUUGGAGAUACCACUUAUCAAUUUAAAAGAUCAGUUAACUAUGCGACGGUGAUUUUUAUUGUCCUGGUGGAUUAUAAUAUAUUUUUAUCGUUUAUUGGUUGAGUAUGGAGACAUCUAGGAUUAAUUUUACCCUGGAUGAGGCGAGAAAUAAAUUAUUACGAGCAAAUGUCAACCAAAAA